ACUACGGUGACUUCGUAAAUUUCAAGAUGAUAUAAUAUAUUGUCUCAGUCUUUUGGAUGUGCUCAUAGGGAUAGGUGUACGUGUGUGCGUUCAUAGGGAUGAAUGUAUACGCGUGUAUAUGAGUGCUUGCGUAUGUCCUUGUGUUAAAAAAAGCUAGAGAAACGAGAGACCAAUAAUUCUACUUUUUAUAUAUUUGCCUGGGCUGACGAACAUGUCAGCAGCCAAUCAGAAGCUCGGUCAGCCGUCCCACAUGACCACGUCCUGUUUACCCAAGUCCCUGAUUGGUGGUCCCGCACAAACAUUCGCUACGUACAUCCCUAUCUUGAGCUUACGUUACACUUUUUCGUCCGGCGUAAUCAAACACUCCCCGUGCCAUCAAACCCUUCCUCAUUUUCUUUCUUUUUCUUUCUCUCCGGCGCCACGAUAAAUCUGUCCGGCCGCCGGCGGUUCCCCCUGCCAAGAGACGGCAAUGGCUCGCGGCCAGAUCACACUGCUCCUCCUCUUCCUCCUGCUCUCAUCGACCGCGCUCCCGUCUCUGGCUCAACAGACCAACAGCACGGGCCACACCCGUUCCUCCAGAACCGCCGGCGGGUUCACGCCCACCACCGUCGUCGUGCUCGUCAUCCUCAUCGCGGCCUUCGUCGUCCUCACGCUCUUUUCGAUCUACAUCAACCGCUGCACCGGCGGGCACCCUGUCCCUCGCCGGCCGUUCCGUAGCACGGCCCCAGAUCAGCCCGUCGAUGCCGCCGCCCACUCGGAUCGCUGCCGCCCCCGCGGCAUCGACAGGGAGGUCGUGGAGGCCUUCCCGACGGCAGUCUACGGCGAUGUGAAGGCGCGCAUGGCGACCACCAAGUCGGGCCCGCUCGAGUGCGCCGUCUGCCUCACCGAGUUCGAGGACAGCGACGAGCUCCGGGUCCUCCCGGCGUGCUGCCACGUCUUCCACCCGGACUGCAUCGACCCGUGGCUCGCCGGCGCGGUCACCUGCCCGCUCUGCCGGGCCGACCUCACCGAGACCCCCGCGAUCCCGGCCGGCGCCGAGAGCCGCGGCUACCUGACGGACACGGCCGUGCAGGAGGAGCCGGAGGAGCUCGACGAGGAGUGCUCGGUGGUCUCUUUCACGGCUGAAUCUCUCACCAGUUUCAGCACGGUAUGGAGGCACGAGUUCACGGGCGCGGAGUACAACCACUACCGCAGAACGCAGUCGGCCAUGGACGCGCCGGACCGGCACACUCUCAGGCUGCCGGAGCACGUCAUGAAGGAGCUCGCCGCCGUCCGGAGGCACCGGCGAGCGGCUAGCCUCGCCGCAGAGUACCCGGACACCGCGGAUCAGAGGACACCGGGGUGGCUGACCUCGUUCCUGCGGUCCAUGUCCUGGCAGCGGCAGAGCCGCGGGGACUCGGACGCCGGGGAGGAACACGGCGGCAGCAAACGGAUUCAUCCCGUGGCCGGUGCGCCGGUUGAAAAACCGAGUGGGUCGGGGUCCGGCGGGGACGAGAAAAAAGAGAGCUCCGACGUUGACGCGUUAAACCGGGUUUGACCUCUUCGUUCGUUCUUGUGUGUAAUCUUCGUCUGAGUUCCUUAUGCAAAUAGAAAUUUUAUAGACCUAUAGACUCAUGGUUUUACUCGGCAUUCCAUGGCUUGCGAUCUCCUUGUUUCUUUCUCUCUUUGAAUUUGGAGGAAGAUCUCAUUGGAUUCAUGCACCUGCUGCCGUAGACAGAAGUUUUCAGAUUAUGCAUUACAUCGGCCUAAA